AAAAAACUCCCCAAUCAAAAGUAAAAUGAGGAUUUCUUGGGUUUUGGCGCGACACUUGCUUCGCAGUCGCAACAACCCUAACCCUUGUGCAGCUCUUGCUCAUCCGUGUAAUUCUCUCCAAACCCUAACCCUAACUUCCGUCCCAGUUUCACCAUCUUCACCCCCACCAAACCUUGAUUUUCUACAACAGAGGAGUCGCCGCUUCUCCUCAUUUUCAGACUAUCCUGACUGGAGGUGGAAUAAAUUUUGGGAUAUGCACGUGCCAUGGGAAGACCGGCGCCUCUUCGUAGUUCCCCCAGAAAUUUCCUUUUAUGAAAAAGAUGAGUAUGAUUUGGAGAUUAAAAGAGUUCAAGAUAAAUCUUCGUCAGCGGUCUUCUGCUUCUAUGACGCUCGAACAGAUGACUUUUGCUUCAUACAUUCAGUCAUCAAUAGGUGGGCUAAGGAAUUCCCACACGUAGCAUUGUAUGAAAUUAUUAUUGAUCAUCUGAAAGAAGACGACCGCAUUAAUGUAAUGAGAGAAUACAAUAUCAAUUGUACGCCAACAUUCCGUUUCUUUCAAAAUGGGGAAAAGGUAGAUGACCUAGCCGGUGGCUCUGCCAUACUCUUGGAAAAGACUCUUAACAAAAUUUAUGGGGGAGGAGAAUGGAGUACAGCACAAGUCCUUGACACACAAUUUGUUAAGAAAGAUGGGAAUGGUGAAGGAGUUUGUUCAUCAUUUGAAGUGGAAGCAGUGGCACAUGAUACUUGGGACACAAGUUACGAAUUGAAACACUAUUCCAAAUGCCCUUGCAAUUUGUGCCGUAGCUGGAAGUACCUGCGAUUGAAGUUGUCACAACAGCGUGAAACUGAGAUUGAAAAGGAUGAGAAAUAAAGUUUAAACUUAAAACUUGUUUGGUGGUUUGGAAUUUCAAUAGCUACCUUGUGUUUUUGUUAGUUUUUUGGCUAUCGUGCAAUUUAUUUGAAAUUAUGUAUGCACUUUGUAAAAGCAUGUCUCUCCGUUCACGCUACAUAUGCACAGAUUUCGAUAGACUUUGAAAUAGAACGAUAACUUUGAUCUC